GUUGAGUCUUGGCAUGGCACUCUUUGAUCCCAGGGUCGAAGGUGGAGUGGAGCAGCGGUGAGACGAGCUAGCGCUGGUGAUCUACUACAUGGCUAUAUGAUUCGCUGUCCUGCCUCUGCCGCUCUCGCUGAUGACCAUUUGGGCGUACGGGCCUAGCCGCUGAUGUUCGUACGAUCCGUUUCCCAUUACAUCGACUGGUGCCAGACAAUGUUGAUCCUCAAUUGGUAGCGACUUUGCGGUCGCGGACGUGUUUUAUCGAGGCACGCAGGAAGACGCACACGAGUUCUUGAUGGAGUUGUUGAACCCGGACAGCGAAGAAGGCGGCGAUCAUUUUCCUCUUUGUGAACGCGGAGAAAUUGGUGUGCGGACGCGUCCACUGUGCUGGGCGCAGGAGGCGAGCUGCACAAUCACCACCACGUGCAGGGCGAGCGCCAUUUGAUCAUCCGCAAAGGGAUGCUGCUCCGCAUGAUCCGCUUCAUCAUCACCGGCGCUGAGGACCGACACGCCAGAACUCGUACCGCACAUUCAGUCGUUGCUUGACGCCACCAUGAUCCCCAGCCCGACGCAGAAGAACAGCAGGCUGCCGAUCCGGCUGUGCGCGAAGAAGGUGCUGCGGAACACGAACGGCAGGAUAUAUGCCAAGUACAGCGCGUUCCGAGAGCAGCUCCGCAGGAAGCGCGGCGCGUGCACGCCCGUCAGGGUGGCCACACACGAGCUCGCGGCAAGGAUGCAGUGCUUCCGCGCCCGCGCGCACGGCGGCAGGGAGACCUCCCGCGAGCUGGAGACGGACGUCAACGAGGCAUACCUGUGGCACGGCACGAAGUACGAAGCGGUCGAGCACAUCUUCUCAGAGGACUUCCACAUGGGGAAGAAGACGUUCGGCUUCUUCGGCGCGGGCCUGUAUUUUGCCGACUCGUGCGCGAAGGCGGAUGAGUACUCCACUCCGCACGAGCACAUGGCCGGCUGGUACAAGACCACGACCCACAACCUCGAGGUUGGCCAGAGCGUGUGUGUCAUGCUCCUCUGCAGGGUGAUUCUCGGCGAGGUCGACCGGGAGAGCAAGGCAGGCGACUACCGCGCGCUGGUGGGCAGCCCCACCAGCCACAAGUACGACUCGCUCUUCGGGGAGCGGGACGGGCACCGACGAGAGGUCAUCCUGUACCACGAGAGCGCGGUCUUCCCCGAGUUCUGCGUGCUGUACACUCGCGAAUACCAGCACGACAGCUCCGUCUCCUUCGAGGCCUCGCUGGCCCGGACGCGGAGUCUGAUCCUGGGCGAGCAGGCUCUCCGCGAGCCGCCGCCGGCCGCUCCGCCGGGCUCGGAGCACGCGGCGGCCGCCCCGGUCGAGGCACCUCUGGCCAGGGUGCCCGGUGAGGAGUCGGCUCGGCGCCUCGCGCCCGCGGCGGGCCAGGGCAGGCCUCCGCCGCUGGAGCCGCCCUGUGCCCCGCAGGGCGGCUGCUUGCCGCCCUGCUGCCCCCGGGGGUGACCGCCACCGCGCCCCCGGCGCCGCGGCGGCGCCGCCCCCCGCGCGGGCCGCCCGCGCCCGCGAGCAUCGCAGGCUCCACCGGAGGGCCUGGAGUGGAUUCCCCUGGCGCCGUUCCGCACCUCGCGGCGAGCCAGCAGGAGGAGCGCUGGAGGAGCCGCUGGGGCUCUCGUCGCGCGCGGCCGCCUGGCGCCCGCCGCCGCCCCGGCCCCGAGGAGCGGGGCCGCGCUUGGCGUCGGCCCAGGGACCGGCGAGGCUUCAGCGGCGGAGGCCAGCGGCCGCGCGGUCCGGACGUCGACCCCGGCGGCGUCGCCCGCGCCCGGAGCGCGGGCGCCGGCUCCGCCCUCCUCCUCCUCCUCCUCCUCC